AUGGAGUCCGGUUCAAAGGAACAGCUCGUGCAAUGCCAAAACGAGUCACUUCAAUGUCCAAUCUGCAUGAAGCAUAUUGAAGAUCCUCGGCUAUGUGUCCAAUGUUCCAAGCUCUUUUGCUACAGUUGCAUUCGCCAGUGGUUGCAAAAAGCGGAUGACGAACAUGGCAAUCCGGCAUGUCCAAACUGUAGGUGUAUGUGCAGCAUAGACAAUUUCGUGAAAAUUCUGGAAGGUAGUCCACUCUAUCCAUGCAAACCUAUCGCUGGAGGAAUCAGCGCAACUGAUCAUUUGACUGCGGACGCAGCUACUAGGAACAAUCCUGAGCAAAUUCGGUCCCGCUUAGAAAAGCUGCUGCUCGAAACGCAGGGUUUUCUCAAUGAAACUGAUAAACGUGUUACACAAGAGUUGGAUAAGCAGCAUACGCUCCUGAAGCAAACGAAGGAUAAUCUCAUUAAAACAGUUAAUUUAAUGGUACAACAAGAGCUGAAAGAUAUACACCAGCAGUUCCAUGCCAAAAUUGCCGAGAUCAAUGCGUGGAGUGAAAUAUUGACAAACAAAUUGGACAAACAUCAGUUUGAUAUCUCCUCUACCAAGGCAACUCUAGAUCAGAGUGCACCCACUGAGCUUAUAUUGAAGCAAUCGGAAAUCGAAAAGGCUUGCGCAAAACUUACCGAGGGUCUGAAAUCGGUUUCGCUCAACGUGAAGCCUCAUAGUUUUAAAAGUAAUCUAAUUCCUGAACCGUUCAGCUGGAAAUUCACAGUGCACAAAUACUCAGCCAUUAGAAGAACGAACGAAAUUCAGUAUUCGGAUUUUGCCACCGAUGACAUUGGUUCAGUGUGGCGACUGGAAGUGCAUCCGUGUGGGUUUGACGAUGCCAAAAACACGUCUCUUAGUAUUUUUCUGCAGCUCUACAAUGGAAUCGAAGGGAAUUACCACUACUCUUUCGAGCUGCUGGGACAAGGAAGGAAUCACUUCUAUGAAGCUGAGGACUAUUUCGAGCUACGUAAAGGCUGGGGUCAAAACCAUUUCAUCGAUUUAAAGUCCUUGCAGGAAUCAUUUCUUGUGGACGAUGGAUUUGAGAUCAAAUUUUCCAUUCGUGCGCUUAACCUUGUCGACAAGUAUGGGAAAAUGAAAAGGCGAGCAGAUCUGCUGACAACCGAAGUCGACCAGCUGAAGAAAAUAGCCUAUCCGGACUGUUUGGAUGAAGUGAUUACCAUCCGAAACGUGGUUGACGCUACCAGAUCCGCCGCCUGUCUAUACUCUGACAUUCUGUGUGAUGAUAUCGGGGGCCGAUGGAGGUUACAAAUCUUUCCCGGAGGCAACGCUGAAUGCAAAGGUCAAUUUAUCAGCAUUUUUCUUGAGUUUUGCGCUGGCAUUCCCAAUAAGUACGAGUUUACAGUCGCACUGCUGCAUCAGAACGUGAAGAAGGUUAUUAAAAAAACACUUGAGUAUAGCAUUCAGCCAUCGCUACCGUUCGGGUGGAAAACGUUUUUAGGCCGUGAAGAGUUAAUUAACAACGGUUACAUACAGAAGGAUUCACUUUCAAUUCGGCUCACCAUCAAACCACCUAACGCGACACAGAAGCUUAACUAUCUUCGGCAACAGAUGGAACUGCCAAGGGAAUAUAUGCAACCGGCACGCAAGGAGUCGGUCAUUUCCAACGAUUCCAAGCCUACGACAUCGCAGGAACCGCUUGAAACGCGGCUGCGUAAAGCUUCUAUAAGCUUUAAAAAUCUGUUCGUCAAAGCGCCUAGCACUGAACAGCAGUGA